AUGGAUCCCAUACUCGAUGGGUUGAAUUUCGCCCAAAAAUCUGCGGUCACAUCGCCUUCACGCAUCCUCCAGGUUCUUGCCCCGCCCGGCUCCGGGAAGACCAAGACGCUGACCGCGCGCGUCGCGUAUCUCCUCUCCCAUCACGGAUAUCGCCCCCAGGAUGUCAUUUGUUGCACCUUCACCAUCAAGGCCAGUCGCGAGAUGCGAGAGCGACUGGCUCGAUUGAUCGGGGACCGGGCCCAGUCACGAUUGAUUCUAGGCACCUUUCACUCCAUUUGUCGACGGUAUCUGGUCAGUUAUGGGUAUAUGAUUGGGUUGCGGAGGGGGUUUGGGAUUGCCGAUUCGGGGGAUAGUUUGGCGAUUAUAAGAAGAAUCGUUAAACGGUUAAAGCUGAAUAUCCAACCAAACACAGCUCGAUCACGAAUAUCCCAUCAGAAAGCCCACGGGGUUGGCCCCGGACAAGUGGCGGUGAGAUACAGUGCCAAUUCGAAAGUCCUAGAGCAACGAGAGUUUGUCCAGGUGUAUCGGGAAUAUGAAACGCACCUGGCGGAGUCGAAUCUGCUUGACUACGAUGACCUGCUGCUGCGAUGUGCGGAGCUCCUCCGACGACAUCCUGAGUGCGUUUCGAAUGUUCAGGCGGUUCUGGUCGACGAAUUUCAAGACACGAAUCACAUCCAGUACGAGUUGAUGAAUCUUUUCGCGUCUCAGAAUCGACGCAUCACCGUCGUGGGCGAUCCGGACCAGAGCAUCUACGGUUUUCGGUCCGCAGAGAUCAAGAAUCUGGGGCGUAUGCAACAGCGGUACAAGGAUACCUCGGUCGUGCUUUUGGAGGAUAAUUACCGCUCGUCUGGCUCUAUUCUGAGCUCGGCCCAGGAUGUCAUCGAGCAGGACUCGUCCCGACCGGCGAAGAAGUUGCAGCCAACUCAUAGCGUAGGCACCAUGCCUGUGCUUCGCAAACUGCCCACUGCGGAGGCGGAAGCCCAGUGGAUAGUGAUGGAGAUCAAGAGGUGCAUCGCCAUGACUGGGAAGCUUCUAGAUCAUUCCGACUUUGCGAUCUUGCUCCGCUCCGCUGCUCUUUCACGGCAGAUUGAAUCGGAGAUGGGUAAACAGGGUAUGCCUUACAAAAUGGUCGGAGGGUUAAGGUUCUUCGAUCGAGUCGAGAUAAAGCUGCUUCUGGAUUAUCUGAGAGUGAUCAGCCAGCCUGGAAACACCGAUGCGCUGCUACGUAUUAUCAAUGUCCCGGCGAGGAAGAUUGGUGAAGAGACAAUUCGUUCCUUGCUAGGUAGUGCAGAGAAAGCAAACAAGUCCCUCUGGGAGUUUGUCAAGGAUGUGGCACAAGGUCGCCGGUCGACCGAAAAGCCCUUGUCGAAGCCUACGAACAAUGGUCUCUGCAUAGUGGUUGGCCUGAUUGAGUCGUCACGGCAGAAGCUUCUCGACUGCAAGGAUGGCUCAGCGCCCAGGAAACUUCUCGACUACGUAAUAAAGAAGCUUUCCUUUCGAGAAUAUCUUACGGCGACCUACGGGGCGAACGAGGAGAAUCGGUGGGCUAAUGUGGAGGAGCUUUUGAGCCAAGCCGAUGACACAGUGGGAUCCAAGGAUGACGUAGAGCCGGACGACAGUCUCCCAGAAAUCCAGGGUCUUUCACAACAGCAAGCUCACCCGGGCGAAGAAGCGCUGUCUCGGUUUCUGGCGAAUGUGGCAUUAUCCACGGAGGUGCUGCAGCAGGAGGGAGCAGAGGACGGGAAGCAGCCACAAAGGAAGGUCACGAUUUCCACCAUACAUGCAGCAAAGGGUCUUGAAUGGCCCGUGGUAUUUGUUCCCGCCGUGUACAACGGCAUCAUCCCUCACUCUCGCGCAGAAAAUAGUGACGAAGAAAGGCGACUGCUUUACGUGGCCAUGACCAGAGCGCAGGCAUUGUUGUACUUGAGCUAUCCUCUCCAGCAAUCGCGCGGUGGCGAAGCGACGGGUGUGUCGCAGUUCCUUCCUGAGGCAAUCACAAGCACGCGUUUUCGACGCGUUGGGCCUAAUUUGCCGGAGGCAACGGUCUAUGGGAUUGCGGAUAUUCUACGUCGACCCAGGCCAUCCGCCAAGGCCAUGAUUGAGAGUCAAUUUUCGCUGCCUUCCACAUACGAUGACCGGUGGACGGCGGAAGGCACGGAGCCACCCGAUGCUGUAUUCAGGUGGGAUGGCUCUCGAGCAAUGGCGGCAGAACAGGAGCCUUGCGUCAAACGACGACGAUGUGACCAAGCCAUAAUCUCAGCCACAACCACGUACAUGUCGUCAUCGGCGUACACUAUUGGGGGUUCGAAAUAUGGCACGCCUACUACCAUGUCGCUGCUCGGCUUCUCGACUGCUCGCCAGUAUAUCGCGUCCAACUCAGCGGCUCAGCUGGAUCAUACGCCAUCGUCCAGGUUCGACAGCAACAGCAAGCCCAAGUCCCAAGGCACGGGGACAGUGGGCCGCCAAUCCGACGGGUUCUCGCAGAAGAGUAUCUCGCCUUUCUUCGGCCACCAGUCUUCCUCGUCCCUCGGUACUAACGCAGCCCAACCCAAAGCUAGCGAGUCAUCGGCAUCGACUGACCGCCAGCAAAGCCAAGGCAGCCGAAGAAGCGCUCCGGGGCACGCAGGCCAUGCUCCAGGGACCAAUCCAAGUUUCAAGAGCGUGAUCCCCCGCGAAUACUCGAUACAUCAACCGCAAGUGCAGCGACUGCAACCGGCGCGGCCAGUUCUCGAACCAUCGGACCCCAGCUGCUACACGUGGCUGGCGGCAUCGUCUAAGCCCGCGGAGAAACCAAUGUUGCGCGGCGGUCAAGAGGGCAGAGAAAUGUCCGACCAGGGCCAGACAAGGGGAGGGUGGGGGGUGAGCGAGGUUAAUAAGACAGAAGAGCCGGUCAACGCGGUGCGACCAGUGACCACGUAUCACACGACCACGAUGUCGAUGGUGCAGGGAGCGACAGGGCCACCAACGCGACGAACGUUGGGGAUUCGUCGCAGCAUGAAUGGGUGGGAGGAGAGGAUGAAGAGGGCGAGCAAUGGGCAGUCGCGGUGA